AUGUCUAAAGAAUGUGGCAAAGCAUUUUGGAUUACCUCAGCCCUUACUAAGCAUCACAGAAUUCACACUGGACAGAAGCCUGAUAAAUGUAGAGUAUGUGGAAGUGUCUUUACCAAGUCCUAUACUCUUGCUGAUCAUGACAGAUUUCAUACUGGUGAAAAACCUUAUAUGGGUAGAGAAUGUGGGAAAGCCCUUAGGUGGUUCUCACAACUUAAACAACAUCAGACAAUUCAUACUGGAGAGAAGCCUUGUGAAUGUACUCAAUGUGGCAAAGCCUUUAAAUGGAAAUCACACCUUACUCAACACCAAAAAAUUCAUACUGGAGAGAAGCCUUAUGAAUAUACUCAAUGUGGCAAAGCCUUUAGUGAUUCAUCAACACUUACUAAAAUUCAGAGAAUUCAUAUUGGAGAGAAGCCUUAUAAAUGUACACAAAGUGGAAAAGCCUUUAGGCAACAGACAACACUUACUAACCAUCAGAAAAUUCAUACUGGAGAGAAGACCUAUGAGUGUACACAAUGCGGAAAAGCCUUUAGGCAACAAACAACACUUACUAAACAUCAGAGAAUUCACACUGGAGAGAAGCCUUAUGAAUGUACUCAAUGUGGUAAAGCAUUUAGGCAGCACUCAACACUUACUAAACAUCAGAGAAUUCACACUGGAGAGAAGCCUUAUGAAUGUACUCAAUGUGGCAGAGCAUUUAGCCAGACAUUUAGACAGAACUCAUAUCUCACUGGACAUCUGAAAAUUCACACUGGGGAGAAGCCUCAUGAAUGUACUCAAUGUGGGAAAGCCUUUAGACUCCAGUUAGCACUUACUCGACAUCAGAUAAUUCAUACUAGAUAG